UGGCCCGUCCACAGCGCAGGAGUCGCUCUCCUCUGCCCGGUGCCCCAGCUUGGCAGGGCCGAGCACGCCCCGCGCCUCCCGCCGGCAACCUCCGCCCUACCGCCGGAGCCAGGCGAAGGGGCGGGGCGGUGGGGACGCGCGCACUUCCGCCGGCCGCCGUGACGUCACACCUGGACGCCGGCGUCGGGGGUGGGGUCAGACGCGGCUGUAUGGAGCGGCUGGGAGUCGCGGCGGGGCGGCAGAGGCACCCGGCAGCAGGUGUGAGGUGAUUUAGCCUGGCUCCCACUGUAGCCUGUCUCCCUGGCGUCUGAUGAUGAGUUUGACCCCCUCCAGGGGAUGCCUCCUGGACCUGCCCUGGGAAGACAUCUUGGUUCCACAUAUCCUCUGUCAUCUGCCACUGCAGCAGCUCCUGAGCCUGCAGAGGGUCAGCAAGGCAUUCCAGUCUCUCAUCCAGCUGUACCUGGCCAACAUGCGCUGCUUUGACUCAAGCCAGAUUGGACCUGCCAUCCCUCGAGCUGCUUUCGUUAACCUGUUGAAGGACAACGAAGUACUGCAGCAGCUGGCGCUCCAGAACUGCUCCGACUGGCUGACGGACAGAGAGCUGCUCCCGGUCAUUGGGCAGAACCACCACCUGCACCAGAUCCAGCUGAAGGGCUGUGCCCAGCUCAGCCGCCACGCGCUGGUGGCCAUCUCGCUGAGCUGCCCCAACCUGCGUCGGCUCUCCCUGGCUCACUGUGAGUGGGUGGACAGCCUGUCCCUGCGCAGCCUGGCUGACCACUGCAAGGCACUGGAGGCUGUGGACCUGACGGCCUGUCGCCAGCUGAAGGACGAGGCCAUCUGCUACCUGGUGCAGAAGUGCAGCAGGCUCAAGUCUUUGUCGCUGGCUGUCAAUGCCAAUGUGGGUGAUGUGGCGGUUGAGGAGAUUGCCAAGUGCUGCCCUGAGCUGGAGCACCUGGACCUCACGGGGUGUCUGCGAGUCAAGAAUGACUCCAUCAGGGUCCUGGCUGAGUACUGUCCAAAGCUGCGCUCGCUGAAGGUGAAGCAUUGCCACAAUGUGGCCGAGUCCAGCCUGAGCAUCCUCCGAAGCCGUGGGGUGGAGCUGGAUGUGGAGCCUCCGCUGCAGAGGGCUCUCGUUCUUCUGCAGGACGUGGUUGGCUUCGCCCCUUUCAUCAACCUCCAGAUCUAGAAGUGCUGCUGCUGGGGAGGGGGGAACUGACGCAAUGUGGGGGUCAUGGGAGGAUGCCAGAACCGGCUGCUGCGAAGACGUGCAGAGGGAGAGGUCGGUCCCGUUGGUGAGGCUGCCCUGACUGGGGCUCACUCUUUCCUCUUGUUCGUGAGUGGGCUUCAUGGGUGCCUCCAGGGAAAGUAACUCCCUCUGCAUUGGUCUGGAGAGAGCGAUUGACUUGCAGGAACACCAUGGUGCUGAACAGGCCUUGGCCAGGCCAGAUAAUAUGUAGGAUUUAUUAUUUGUUGUAUCUUCAGUCUCCAAGUGGCAGCUGUCCAGAGAGCAGGAUUUUGUUUAGGCACUGUCCCCUGGGGCAGGUGUGUGCUGCACGCCAGCAGAGCUGUUGGGAACAAACCAGGCCAGCUGGAGCAGAAAGGCGAAAAGCCGCCAGCCCUCCUCUGAGGAGAGGGCAGGCCCCUCUGGGUUCAGGGAGGAGGGCAGAGUGAGCCCAGCUCCAGCCUGUGGCCACCAUCCAGCCUGGUACCAAAGGGCUGGCAUGGCCCAGUGCAGGCAGUGUGUCCAGGCCAAGGGUGUUGGUUUAGGCUAGUGCGAGGCAGUUGUUUUCGGGGGAACCUGCUCCUUCCUAACAGCAGUUUCACUGAUGGAAAAGCACCAAACCUGGCUGUGCUGUAACUGAAAGCAGUUGGUCAUUGCCAUUUGUUUCCUUCCAGCUUCUGACUUAAAAUUUCAGCAGCUCAGGUCUGCUACUAUGUCCUGCUCCAUGUGGUGCAUCUGGAGCCUCGGCACUCAGCAGGGUUAAGUGAUGGCAGCAGUGCUGGCCAUGCUGUCAGCUGGAGUUCGUGAAGUGCUGCAGGUCGUGUUGGCAGGGAGAACCUAGCUCUGGUUUGGAGUUCAGCCUCAGCCCUUGUAUCCACUAGGUGGUUAACCAAACAGCAGCUGCAUCUUGUGGUGAAUGUGAUGAAGAGACUAAUUAGGGGAAGAGAGGAUGACCCUGCUUCUAUCUUUGGCUCCAGGAGGGACUGGAAGCAGUGUCUGUACAGCAUGUUCAUGCUCCAGCUGAACUACACACCAACUCACAUCACCUUUAUUAAUACUGGCACUCAAUUUAAAGCAACAGUGCACACAGACUUGUAAAAAGCUUGCUGCAAAAGCACAAGCCACAUCUUGGACCUAAAAAUGUCCCAUGCAAGGAGUAGCUGAGAAGGCUCAGAGAGCCACUGCAGUGUGCCCCUGGGGGCAGAGGGACAGCUACACCAGGAGAGAAGGCUCCUCCUUGUCAGUCGAGUUAGUUGAGGAAGCUGAAAGCAGCGUCCUGGUUUCCAGGUUAGUUCCAGUUAGUGACAGGUGGAGGAGUCCCCUCAUUCCUAGUGCCACGUGUCCAUCCUGCCAUGCCUGGCCAGCAAGGUGGAGACUGAAAAGCAGGAGGACCUGGCUGUCAGUGGAACUUGUACUUCCUGGCUGGUUUGAGGCUGAUGUAGGUUCUCUUCAUCUCCUCGCUCUCGGGCUUCUUGAUGUCUUUGUAUCUCUCUCCCUUUGUACUCACAACUUGGUUAUCAAUAUAACGGAUCAGCUUCUUGGGAGCCUGGAGAGGAAAGACAUUAACACCAAGUGGGUGGACAGCCAGGCUGCUAGAGAAAGCAGGGGGACAAGCGGAAGCAGAGCUCGGAGGACAGGCGCAGGACAACUGGUGUGGUCUGCUUUACACAUCCUUUUGUAUGGAAUCUUGGCCAAAACUGGGAAGUAAGCUGUCUGAUUGGGGGGGCAGGGAGCUGGAGCCAUGUUAGUCAGGAAUGGUAGGAGCUGAUAGACCCUGCAGCACCUUUGCUAAGCUAAUCUUCCCUCUUCACUGACUAGCAGGCUCUGUGAACAGUUGUGUCUUGGGACUUCCCCUUUGCUUUCUGGACCUCAGCCUGAUUUUAAACCACCUAGACAAAGGACAUUCAAACUGCUGGUGAGCUGGAACUGCUUUUCUUACCUCUUUGGGUGGAGCUGGUCGAUGUGUCUUCUGAUCAUCUGCACUAUCCACCAUCAUGUAUCUGAAACAGGAGACGCAUUCAGUGAACUGGGUAUUGUGCAUUGUCUGGGGCUCUCUGGUUUGUGGCUGUGCAAUGUGUCCUACUUGCCUAUAUUGCAGCUAGGAGCACUGAAUGUUCCCUGGUGGAUGAAACGGGCAAGAAGUGUGUCAUCCUGGUGAGAAACCAGGAUUCUCCUGGAGUAGCAUCCUUAACAGUAUGUGAAGGGUAUUGAAAAUGCAGGCUGUUGAGAAUGCCAAUAGCCUCUGUAGAACUGAGAUGUUGAGAUGAGGUGUGCUCUGCCAUUGAGCCAGCUUUGCUCCUUUUCAGCACAAGUGAUGGCAGCCAAAGGAGACAGAGAGGAGAUUACAGGACCAAGCUGGCUGCCUCUGCCCUGAAGAGAUGGUGUUCCUUUCACUCUAUACCUACUGCUUGACUAUGAAACAGGUCUGUGCUGGAAGCAAUUUUACAGAACCAUCACUUCAUUCCCUGUGUGGCUGAAACAUCAGGGCCCAAGCAUUUGCUUGCUGUACUGCUGAAUUACUCUUGAGACUUUGGUGCUGGUUUAGCAGAUGGACAGCACAGCUGACCACGACUUCUCCCUCAGUAGUUAGUAUUGUUGCUCCUGUGUAUCUUCAGCUAUGGUUAUCUGCUCUCUGUACCUGUGCUUGAGUGAUGUUUAAAGUACAGGAUGUUUCCAAAAUGUCAUUAAAGUGAAGUUCCCAGAAA